UCAAAACAUUACAAUUCUAGUAACGUUAAUAUUACUUUCAAGCUUACUGGGGUGAGCCACCGGUUUGCACAAGUUAAUCAAACACUAUCGUGGGCAGCCUCUGAUUGAUUUGCAAUGGCGACGGCAAAACACAGGUUGUCUUUCGUUUCCUCGCAUGCUGGCCGUGGGAGUUUACUGCAAAGGGAAGGGCUUGUCCCAGCCUGUGCGUGGAUGCGUCGCCUAGCACCGCCCGUCCUUGCUUUCUACGCCGCAACGUCACCUGAUUGCAGCGCAGUGAACGCCGCGGAAUCCGCCAGCGCUCUCGCAUCGCAACUGGGAAAAAAAAAACACAUUUUUUUGAAAACACCAUCCAACGGAGCAACGCGAUUGAAACAGUAGCACGGCUGGAAGGCAAACCAUGUCGAGCUCGGCUGGGCAGAAGAAAGGAGCUGCCAAGCUGCAGAAGUGUUCUUUCUGUAGGACCAGCAAGGACAAGGAGUGUGGACAGCUGCUUGUGUCCGACAACCAGAAGGUGGCAGCGCACCACAAGUGUCUGCUCUUCUCGUCUGCCCUGGUGACGUCGCACUCAGACAGCGAGAACAUCGGAGGCUUCUCCAUCGAGGACGUCAAGAAGGAGCUAAAGAGAGGGAACAAGCUGAUGUGCUCAUCUUGCCACCGGCCGGGAGCCACCAUCGGCUGUGACGUGAAGACGUGCCGCAGGACCUACCACUAUUACUGUGCGCUGUGGGACAAGGCUCAGGUCAAAGAGAAGCCGUCGCAGGGUGUCUACCUAGUUUAUUGCCGUAAGCAUCGAGGUGCUACACAGGACUCCAGUGAUGAUGAGCUGGAGGGGGGUGUGAACGAUUCAGACUCCUCCCCGCCGCGGGGGAGGGGCAGAGGGCGGCUCGAGAAGGGGCGACCCAAAGCACCCAGCUCCCGCGGGCAGUCUGAGGACACGCGCUCCACCUCCUCGCACGGCAACGACGACAUUGAGAGCGCUUCACAUCGGGACCGCUCCCCCCUCAGAGGCAGCCCCAGUGACGCUGGCCUCCGCUGUGGGUUCUGCCACGCGGGGGAGGAAGAGAACGAGACCCGAGGCAUGCUGCAUGCCUCCAGUGCCAAGAAGGUGGCAGCGCAUUACAAGUGCAUGCUGUUUGCCUCCGGCACUGUGCAGCUCACCACCACCUCCAGGGCUGAGUUUGGAAACUUUGAGAUCAAAACGGUCAUCCAGGAGAUCAAGCGGGGCAAGAGAAUGAAAUGCACCCUAUGCAGUCAGCCAGGAGCCGCCAUCGGCUGUGAAAUCAAAGCCUGUGUGAAGACCUAUCACUAUCACUGCGGCCUGCAGGACAAAGCCAAGUACAUCGAGAACAUGGCCAGAGGCAUCUACAAGCUGUACUGUAAGAACCACAGUGGUAAUGAAGAGCGGGAUGAGGAAGACGAGGAGAGGGAGAGCCGCAGUCGAGAGAGGGCUGGCAUCGACCGUGACGGCGCCAACCCAGCGCAGCAGCAGCUCAACGGCAACUAGGUGCAGUAAGAAUGGUGAGCUGAAAGAUGAAGUGUACAUAUUUUCAAUAUGUUCAUACCCGACGCUGCUUACCCUGCCUACACACUCUCUCUCUCUCGCACACAUCUGCUUAUGUCCCGUGAGGUUAGGGGGUUACAUUUCACAAGGAAGUCAAAGCGCUCGGCACAGGCAGCAGGAAGAUUAAACAGAGGAAGACUGACUGCUCUGCGGUGGCAUCGUGCUUUGGGGACAUCCGGCACUGGCUGGGAUCCAGAUUGGGGUCGGAAGCUGGACUGAUUUUCACUCGUGAUCAACCCAGAUGUCCUUUUAUCAAGUCUUAAAAAAACAAAGUGAAACACAAAGUGGAAGAAAGACCCUUUGGUUGACUCUCUUCAGAAACGGAAGCAGCAAUUUAAUGAACUGAAAACUCUUUGUUAUGUCCUCUCUCUUUCUCUCUAAGUGACAGGGAUCUUUGGUUUGUGGUUUUUUUUUUUUUUUUUCUUUUUCAAAAACGUAUAAUAUUUUAUUACCUUGUAAUUGUAAAGAUCUGUGGCUUGCUUUGUAUUCAGGAGGUCAGGAUUAAAAGCCUUGUGUUAGCAUGA